AUGGACUUGGAGGUCACUGAAUCAAUGGAUUUGAGUCCGGGAGAUCAUCAACAUCUGGUUCAGAAAGCGGCAGAUGACGACACCCAGACCCCGUUUGGUCAAGCUUAUGCAACUCCUCCUGCAGCUGGGCCACGACAAACUCAUGGGAAUCCAAACACAAAGGCUAAUCAGCGAACGGACACCUACGCAGUACAGAUUUCCGAUGAGGGCAGCCCAGACAACAGCAACACUGUAACUGGCCUGUUGGCACAAGUGUCUGUCCGCAGAGCUUUCAUUAUAAAAGUGUUCCUCAUCCUGUCUGCCCAGCUGGUGGUCACUGGGGCUAUUAUCAACAUGUUUCUUUUCUGGAAAGCUUUAAAAGUUUGGGUGCUAAAAAAUCCCUGGUUCACCUAUGCACUUUUGCCAGCAUUGUUUGUUGUACUUUUUGUACUUGCUUGCUGCAGGAACCUCCGCCAUCAAGUGCCUGCAAAUUACAUUCUCCGGGGAUUAUUUACAAUUCUUGGAGGUCUGCUGCUAGGAGCCAUAACAGUUUUCUAUAACACUGAAGAAGCGUUGCGGGUCAUGGCGGCAACUGCUCUGGUGAUGUUAUCACUCACCUUAUUUGCUCUUCAAAGUCAUUGUGAUUUCACAUUGCUAAAUGGAGUGCUGCUCGUUUUAGUCUUUGUACUUAUUACCUAUGGAAUCUUACUGUUCAUAUGAUCAUAUUGGUUGCAUCUAUUGUAUGCUGGACUGGGAACUGUGGUCUUCUCACUUUACUUGGUGAUGGACGUGCAGCUCAUGGUGGGAGGGCACCACCAUCAUUCUGAUCUGGACCCUGACAAGCAUGUUUUCACUGCCCUGAACAUCUACUUGGACAUAAUCAACCUUUUCCUUUUUAUAUUGCAACUGAUUGGACUCGCUCGGUAGUCACACAGCCAGGGCUGGCUCGUGUGGGAAGAGGGAAGGAGGGACGCCUGCGAAGGGUCGCCAGGCUCUGACAUGCAGGUUACAUCUUCAUCUUUCAUGAAAAAUGUUUUUUAAAUACUGAUUAUUUUUUUUUUGUCAAGUGAAACCAAGCCCUUCAGUAGAUGGUAGCUGUAGCUGUUAGAUUUUUAGUUCCAUUGUUACAUCGCAAAACUUCCUAGAGAACAGUUCUGAUUUUUAAAAUUUCAAAAGAUGAGUGUCGUAACUGCAUACUUCACAAACAUUUGUAAGACAACAUUACUUUGGUGAAGUUUUGCAGGCACUAUUUAAAGCUGUACACCACAUCUCUAAAUGAUAAAGUUGAGUACAGAAACCUGUAUUUACUUCUUUCUCUUCCCUUGAUCUGCAGGAGUAUUUUGGCAUCUGACUUUUUUUUUUUAAGAGUAAGAUAAAUCAAUGAAUUCUUUCUCUGGAAUUCCAGAGUCAGACUGGAGAGAAGAACAGUAUCGACCUGGAAGGGGUUAAAGAGGAUUAACAUUAAGUCCAUGAAGGGCUCAGGACAGAGUGUU